AAGCGAACCCCUGAGCUGAUUGUCCACUCGGCCAGCGCGCGCCACGCACGGAACUCUGCCAAAAAAAAAUUGAAGAGCGCCAUCAACGUUAGAAACAACAAAAUGGCGAGCUACUUGAGAUUUUUGCAGCCCAAGAAUUUGUUAUUCUACAGCCGUCUUUCGUCAGGUCUGCAAAAUUCCCUUCGACAUCAUUCAUCAUGCUUGUACUUUACACAAGAGAACAGACAGCCAUUGCCUACUAUCUGUGGGCAGUCCAGCUCAAGACUAUUAAAGAAGGCUAGUCAAUCGAUGUCAUGGUCUAGGAAUGGACCGAGUUUCUCAAAAGCUGUCAGGCAAAUAUCAACAUCAUCGGGACGAUGUGGCGAGGUCGUUCAGUUUAAGCUUUCGGAUAUUGGCGAAGGCAUCAUGGAAGUAGUGGUUAAAGAAUGGUAUGUCUCAGAGGGAGACACGGUGGCUCAGUUCGACAGCAUAUGUGAAGUGCAGAGUGACAAAGCCUCGGUGACCAUCACCAGCCGGUUUGACGGGGUGGUCAAGAAACUUCAUUACGAGCUCGAGGAGACGGCUAACGUUGGCAUGCCCUUGGUCGACAUUGAAGUAGCUGGAGGUGCAUCCGCAAGUCAAGAGGAGGAUGUGUCGGGAGAAUCGUCAAGUGAUUCAGAUAGUGAUGGAGAAAGGGAAGCGGUGUCCGCUACCAGAGGCAAAGCUAGAACUCUCAGUACUCCGGCCGUCAAACGUCUUGCCAUGGAACAUAAUAUAUCAUUAAGUGAUGUACAAGGCACAGGUAAAGAUGGUCGAGUACUCAAAGAAGAUAUGCUGCGUCAUAUAGAACAAUUGGAAUCGGGAGUUCCUCAGUGGAAACCAGUUGCUGAGGAACUUGCACCUCCACCACCACAAGCCUUCCAGCCAACGCCCAAAGCCCCACCCCCGGUUCCAACUCCUGCCACGCCCACCCCCGUACCUCAGCGAAUCCCUGUCCGGGCCGUGGCCGGCCAGGACCGGACAGAACCCAUCAAGGGCAUCCGAAAGGCAAUGGUCAAGGCUAUGGUCAAAUCUAAUGCCAUUCCUCACUUUGGGUACAAGGAUGAAGUGGACGUGACCGAGUUGGUCGCUCUGAAGUCCGACUUCAAGGCAGCCGCCGCAGCCAGGGGUAUUCAGUUCUCUUUCAUGCCAGUAUUCAUUAAGGCAGCAUCGAUGGCCCUUUCCUUCUACCCGGAGAUAAACAUGAGUGUAGAUGAAAAAUGUGAAAAUAUAACAUUCAAGGCUGCCCAUAACAUUGGCUUUGCCAUGGAUUCACCUCAGGGUCUAAUAGUACCCAACGUAAAGAACGUCCAAGCCUUGACGCUCCUGGAAGUAGCCCAGGAACUCAACAGGCUCAUGGCUCUUGGAGUCCAAGGCAAACUGGGACAAGGUGAUCUCACCGGGGGCACGUUCACACUCUCAAAUAUAGGCACAAUUGGUGGAACAUACGCAGACCCUGUUAUAUUUGCACCUGAAGUAGCUAUCGGAGCAAUAGGAAGAAUACAAGUACUGCCAAGGUUUGAUGAAGACGGUGAUCUGAUCAAAGCCCACAUCAUGAAGGUCAGUUGGUCAGCGGAUCACCGGGUCUUGGAUGGCGCCACCAUCGCUAGGUUCUCUAACCAGUGGAAAUCGUACUUAGAACAACCUGCAACCAUGCUCAUGGACUUGAAAUAGAUCUAUCAAAAAUGCUGCUGAAAUGUUGUGACAGUUCUAACAUGGAUAUCCUACAUGUAGUUCACCACUGCAGCAUGAUGCCAUUUUCUAUUCAUCAUUUCCCCCUCAGCGGAUGGUGACGGCGACUAUUCACUCAGGCAAUGAAUGAAUGAACGAUUGAAUUUGUCUGCUAGAUGUUGGUUUGGGUUCAUGCUUAAGACUGAAAUGUUUUACGAUUGAUCCUGUAUUCAGUGUAAAGUGGUUUGUAAGAGCGUCUGCACUUUGUGUCACGUGGAGUCCCCAAAGAUGCGUAUGGUUCCCUAUUUGCAGUAGGCCUAUUUCGUUCCGAUUUUUCCUCACCAAACUGUAUGAUACAAAAAUACUGUUUUUCAAAUAGUGUAUUACAACACAUACAUGUAUAUGAAAAUACUGUAUUUUCACCCCAAAAUAUCAUAUUCAGCCCUUAGAAUACAUCAAUAGUGUUUACAAGAUUCCCUUAGUUUGUUGCUUUCAAGACUAUAGAGGGCAGUUAUUAAAAGGGGCUAUAUAAAUGUUGAUAAAACAUUAGAUAUCUAAGGUAUCUCAACAAACUUCGAGCUAUGUGAAGCCCACAAUUGUAGUGGGAAUCCUCGUCAGUCUUUCCACUUACAAUGAUCCCACUUCUGGAUCGACCAAAGUCACCAAACAAUCGUGACUGGUGUAGCCGGAGUGAAAUUGUGCACGUAGUGAAGCCAUGGACGUGUCUUGUUACGGUACCUUAAUGAGGAAUUAUGUCAACAUGUUGCUAAUAGUUCAUAUCAGAUGGUCUGGUUUUUUGUUUUAUUUUGGGACAAGAAUUGUAUGGCAUGAUAAACUUGGUUUUAUGUAAUGGGUAAAAUUUUGGGAAAAACUUUAUAAAGGGCUUGGGUCAUUUUAAUAGCUGCAAAGGAAACUACCUGUCUGAAUAAAAUUUGGUGAAUAUACAAGCUGUUAGCAAAUUUAGCUCUCACUAAAUCCUCCUGUUAAAUAUUCUGACAAUGGCAAGUACCCAUUUACAUGGAGUGUCCAACGAGACAAAAACCAAAGGAAAAAAAUUGUGACAUUAUGUUUUGAGCAUGUCCACUUCUCUCUACUGUUGUCUUAAGAUCGCACAGUGAAGCAUCGCCUUUAAAGAUCUUAGGGUGGAUUGCUUGGCUAUACAUUAAGCGAAUCCAUCUGCUCUGUCUCCUAACGAUCACUCAGUACUCUAUACAAAAAAAUGAAAUAAAAUGGAAAAUAGGGAAAUAAAUUGGUUGUGGCUGAAUCUUCAUUCUUUACUUUUUUUUUCUAAUCGGGGUUUGUGGCUUUACUUUUUUUUUUCAUUGGUCUAACCAAUCUUUUCAAUCACCUACUGAUUUGACUCUUUUUGUAUUGUUUAUUUUCAUUUCAAUCAUGGAAUGUUACUGGUAGGUGUUGUGAAAGUAUAUCAAAUCAAUUGCACGAAUUCUAAACACUGAAUGAGAAUAAUCAGACGAUCUCCUUGUCUCGUGUACCAGGCACUAUUUCAUAAAACUCACUUUCAGUCAUAAAAGGUAUGAGCUGUUAUAAGCUCAACCCAUGACAUUUUAUCGGCUGAGAGACAAAUUUGUUAUCAAAAUUUAGCAUUUGUUAUUGAUAACAUGCUUUAUGAAACUGGGCACGGGCGAGUUCCCAUUGCUGAUGUGUGCCGUUGUAUAUAGAAAUACAGACUUAUUUUUGGAUCGUAUUGUUUUACAAAUUAUCGUCAUCCAGUACAUGUGUAUGAUCAUAUCCCAGAGGCGCAAUGUAUUUCUGUAUUUAUUUUAUGUAUAGUUUUUAAUGUCAUCUGUUAAUUUGCAUUUUAUGGUGACUCUAAUGAGACCCUUUAGAAAUGAAAAUUGAUACACUUAUAAGGGGGUGUUGCAAGAAAAUAUUUGCGAUCAAUUGCAAAUAUUCUGUUGCAAUUUUACAAUUGAUAAAUCAACGUUAGUUAUAGCAAAUCAGAUUAAACUCCUUGUUUCAUGGAGCAGAUUAGCAAUCACUAAUUUACAAUUAAUUGCAAGACAUAGGAUUGAUUUAGGAACCAAAAAUAGACUUGCAAUUGGUCGCAAGUUUCUUGCAACACCCCAUUAGAUUAUAUCAAUGGAAAGUAUACAAUGUAAACAAUAAUUCAUGGAAUUGCCCAUUGAACUUGCUAUUGGCUUAUUUAUAUCAUGCCAAAUGAAGUAUUAAAUGAGCAGUGAUGGCAUGGAUCAACAGACAGGUGCCCGAAGUAUGAACCACAAGAGCCAGGGUUCAAAUCUCACUGGGGCAGUAGUGUUCCUUGGUAUGACAUCAAUCUACAUUUUCCAAUUUUCCACUCUCCACCCAGGUGUAAACAUAGGUAAAUUACAAUCAGUUUUCUGAAGUAUUACACUGGGACCCGUUUUAUAAUAACUAACUGCCCUUUCACACGGUAAAAAAAAAAAUCCUCAUUUGAAUGAUGAUUCCAGUGAACAAUAAGGCUAUUGACAAAUUUUUAGCAUGUGUGAAACCAAACUAGAAUCACGAACGCUAAUCACAAUCACGAAUUCAAAUUCUACUCCGGAGGUAAAUUCCAGUUAAGUUUCAAUCAAAUUACGGUACGAAUUUUCCGUGUGAAAGGUCCGAUGAUUCUAAAGACAAAUUGCAAUCAUCAUUACAAUGAUGAUUCAUGAUUUACGUGUGAAAAGGCCCUAAGAGUAACAAUUAUGGUAACUGCAAUAAUGGUUACUAUUGAAAUCUUUGAGUGGCAGCUGAACCGUUACAAUGGUAUUUAGCAUAGUUGCUAGUUCUUUAUGAAGCUGGCCCCUAAAUCUCCUGCACUGACAGCAAAGAAACGUUUUUAGUCGGGCACUAUCCAACAUCAGAUCCUACAAAGCAUUUCAUGAGCCCAAUUGUCUGGGGACAAUAGUGACUCUAUUAUGCUUGUGCAUGGAGCCAUGCAUUUCUUUGUCAUAGUUGAUGCUGGAUAGGCUAGAGUUAGUGCUAACAGAGGCCCUGAUUCAACCGAUAAUGUGGCAGCGAUGCCUAAUGUUACAACAAUGCAUGACUUACACAUUGAAAUUAAUGUUUUGACUUCACAAUCCGAAAGAUGUUACUUGGCUCACUGUUAGGCUAACAACAUUUCUGUGCGGUCGGCACUGGUUGUUCACCGAGGGGAAUUGACUCCUCUUCACUUGCGUUUUGGAGCACGAGGUUCCAGUAGCAAUUGUGCAAUAGUAAAAUGAGAAAUACACAUCAUCUCUGUGCAUCUUUGUAUUCAAAGUUCAUUUAGCUUUCCAUUGGCAGAAAAUUCUUAUCACAUUGGGUCUUUGGUUACACUUCGUAAUUCCGAAGGUUCGUAAUUUCGAAACACGUAAAUUGCCUAUACCUCGAUGUUCGUUUAUCCGAAAACGUAAAUGGGUUCGUUAAUCCGAACAUUUGUGGCGUUUUUCCGAAGGUUCGUUAAUCCGAAAACGAAAUAAGGUUCAUUGUUCCGAAGGUUCGUUAGUCCGAAAACGAAAUAAGGUUCGUUAAUCAUUUCGUUUUCGGACUAACGAACCUUCGGAAUUACGAACCUCAUUUCGUUUUCGGAUUAACGAACCUUCGGAAUUACGAACCUCACUUCGUUUUCGGAUUAACGAACCUUCGGAAUUACGAACCUCACUUCGUUUUCGGACUAACGAACCUUCGGAAAUACGAACCUUCGGAAUAACGAACCUUCGGAAUAUCCGAACCUUCGGAAUAACGAAGCUUCGGAGUUACGAAUGUAUGCGGGGUCUUUAAUGGCCAAAUAAUGCAAUGAAGUGCUGCAUUUUUGCGUUAUUUCCUGUCAAUGUACGAAUGAUAACAAUGCCUCAUUGUCACCGAUGAUCAAUUAAAUAUAUUCUAUAAGAAUGAUUAGGACAUUUGACUGUCAGAAUAUUGAGGAGGGGGAGAGUUCUUGUUUAUCUUGGGGAUAGAAUGAAUAUUGGUUGCGGGUGUAAGAUUACUAUCAAGAAAGUCUGGAUGUUCUUUCGAAAAACUUGUUAUGAAAACAUGAACGUACAUGUACAAGCUACUGUUAUAAGCUAUUAAAAUGGUGCAAUUCGAUUGGUUGAAAGCUAAUAAUGGAUUUACAAAAUAAAAACAUGUUAUGGAUACUAGUAAAAGGUUUUACAUGUAUGACAACAGGAGCAGAGUCCGGUUUAAAGAAGCUCAUUGCCAUUAACAAAUCUUACAAUUCUGCAAUGAAUUUCUCAUUAACCAAUCAAAUGCAUGCAUUUCAGGAGCUUUUAACAGUUACCAUUACUUAUUAUAACAAGUUUUAUGAAAUCGAACCCAGAUUAAGAUGAAAUUUAAUGAUAUGUAACUUCCAAAUGUUUAUGACGAGAUUGAAUUAUGCGAUUAAAAUGCAAUAUCUCUAUAAAA